GGGUCUUCAUUUCCGGGAGAAGCCCGUCUUGCCGGUAGCGGGCUGUGUUGGGGGAGUUUGCUGCUGCUUUCUGGUCCGGUGGCUCGCUCCGGGAAAGCCAGGCAUGAAGAUCACGAGGCAGAAACACGCCAAGAAGCAUCUUGGCUUCUUCCGCAACAAUUUUGGUGUCCGCGAGCCGUACCAGAUCCUGCUGGACGGCACCUUCUGUCAGGCGGCUUUGCGGGGCCGCAUCCAGCUGCGGGAGCAGCUGCCCCGCUACCUCAUGGCAGAGACUCAGCUGUGCACCACCAGAUGUGUGUUAAAAGAGUUGGAGACAUUGGGAAAGGACUUAUAUGGGGCAAAGCUGAUUGCACAAAAAUGCCAGGUUCGAAACUGUCCCCAUUUCAAGAAUUCAGUGAGUGGAUCAGAAUGUCUGCUUUCCAUGGUUGAAGAUGGGAAUCCUCACCAUUAUUUUGUGGCAACACAGGAUCAGAAUUUGUCUAUGAAAGUAAAGAAAAAGCCCGGAAUUCCUCUCAUGUUCAUUAUUCAGAACACUAUAGUCUUGGACAAACCUUCUCCAAAAACAAUUGCAUUUGCUAAAGCAGUAGAGUCAGGUCAUCUUGUCUCAGGGCAAGAGAAACAAAGUAUCAAGCAGCUCAAAGAGGAACAGGGUUUAGUAAAAGACCCUGAACAGAGAAGAAAAAAAAAGCGCAAGAAAAUAAGUGGCCCUAAUCCUCUUAGCUGUUUGAAGAAAAAGAAAAAACCACAGGAUACAAACUCAUCUGCCUCUGAAAAGAAAAGAAAAAGAAAAAGAAUCCGAAAUAGAUCUACCUCAAAAGUACUUUCUGAAAAGCAGAAUUCAGAAGGAUUAUGAGUCCUUUGGAUACUUUUAAAGACAUGCAAAUAUGAAAAGGAAUUUCUUUUUGAAACUGGAAGUACAUACAUUAAAAGACUAAACUUAUUUUUAUAAAUGAAUAUUGACCCACAAGUCUUUGUAUAAAAUUAUUUGUAAAAAAACAAA